UGUGCACCCGCUUCGGCAGGUUCUGGUUCCCACCCGGGUAGGGGGUGGGGAGAGAACAGGGUUUCAUUUUCCUUGGCCGCCCCCUUCCCGCGCAGAGGAGUGGCAGGACCGUGUGGGCAUCUCGGCGGGCGCGGAGCUCACCGAAGGACGCCAGGGUCUGCAAGGCAGGGGCCGGGCCGCAGAGCGAGUUGGCUUUUGCAGAUUGGGGCUCGGGCCGCCCCUUCUCCGGGACCCACCCCGCGGGACCCCGGCUGGCGCCGCUGGCGAUCCGGCACGCUCCCCAGGCACGGCAGGAGAUGCCAACAUGGUCUCAAGUGUCUACCUGAUCCAAGAAGCUCACUCCUCACCAGCAUCCCUCUCCAACCCAUUGUCCAGUCCAAUCCAUGUCUGCAGAGUUGGCUUCAGGAAUGGUUCCUGUCCUGGGGCAACAGAAGAAAAGGUGGACAAGUCCUAAUUUCAAGAGAAGAUGACUUUUAACAGUCUCGAAAGAUCUAGAACUUUUCCACCUGCAGACAUCAGUAAAGAUGAAGAAUUUGUAGAAGAGUUCAGUAGAUUAAAAACUUUUGCUAAUUUUCCAAGUAGCAGUCCUGUUUCAGCAUCAACGCUGGCACGAGCUGGUUUUCUGUAUACUGGUGAAGGAGACACCGUGCGGUGCUUUAGUUGUCAUGCAGCAGUAGAUAGAUGGCAAUAUGGAGACUCAGCAGUUGGAAGACACAGGAAAGCAUCCCCAAAUUGCAGAUUUAUCAAUGGCUUUUAUUUUGAAAAUAAUACUGCUCAACCUACAAAUCCUGGUGUCCAAAAUGGUCAGUACAAAGUGGAAAACUAUCCAGGAAACAGAAAUCAUUUUGUUUUAGACAGGCCAUCUGAGACUCAUGCAGACUAUCUUUUGAGAACUGGGCAAGUUGUAGAUAUAUCGGACACCAUAUACCCACGGAACCCUGAGAUGUGUAGUGAAGAAGCUAGAUUGAAGACAUUUCACAACUGGCCAGAGUAUGCCCACUUAACCCCAAGAGAGUUAGCGAGUGCUGGACUCUACUACACAGGUAUUGAUGACCAAGUGCAGUGCUUUUGUUGUGGUGGAAAACUGAAAAAUUGGGAACCUUGUGAUCACGCGUGGUCAGAACACAGGCGACACUUCCCUAACUGCUUCUUUGUUUUGGGCCGGAAUAUUAAUACUCGAAGUGAAUCCGAUGUCUUGAGUUCUGAUAGGAAUUUCCCAAAUUCAACAAAUUCUCCAAGAAACCCAGCCAUGGCAGAUUAUGAAGCACGGAUCAUGACUUUUGGGACGUGGAUGUACUCUGUGAACAAGGAGCAGCUUGCAAGAGCUGGAUUUUACUCUCUAGGUGAGGGUGAUAAAGUGAAGUGCUUUUCCUGUGGAGGAGGGCUAACUGAUUGGAAGCCCAGUGAAGACCCUUGGGAACAACAUGCUAAGUGGUAUCCAGGGUGUAAAUAUCUGUUAGAAGAGAAGGGACCUGAUUAUAUAAACAAUAUUCAUUUAACCUAUUCAUUUGAGGAGUCUCUGGCAAGACCUGCUGAAAAAACGCCAUCCCUAUCUAAAAGAAUUGAUGAUACCAUCUUUCAAAACCCUAUGGUACAAGAAGCUAUACGAAUGGGAUUCAGUUUCAAGGACAUUAAGAAAAUAAUGGAGGACAAAAUUCAGGCCUCUGGGAGCAACUAUAAUUCACUUGAGGUUCUGGUUGCAGACCUAGUGAGUGCUCAGAAAGGCAGUGCCCAAGAUGAAUCAAGUCAGACUUCAUUGCAGAAAGAGAUUAGUACUGAAGAGCAGCUAAGACUCCUGCAAGAGGAGAAGCUUUGCAAAAUCUGUAUGGAUAGAAAUAUUGCUGUAGUUUUUGUUCCUUGUGGACAUCUGGUCACUUGUAAACAAUGUGCUGAAGCAGUUGACAAAUGUCCCAUGUGCUACACGGUCAUUACUUUCAAGCAAAAAAUUUUUAUGUCUUAAAUCUGACUGCACAGUAGGCGGGUGAGGGUCCUAUUGCUCUGUCUGAACGUGCGAUGUGGACUGACUGUAAGUAAUCAGUACUGAAUUCCAUUAACAUUUGCUACCCAAGUAGAAAACGUGAACUGCAAUGUUUUAGUUGGCAAGCUAGAAUUUACAUUUCUGGAGUUUUCAGGAAAUUAUCUAUAUUCUUUACCUUUUUUUUUUUUUAACUGCUAUUUUUUUUUUUAUUCAGUUGAAAGCCUAGAUUGAGAAGUGUCAUGUAUGAUCACAGCGUGUAUUUGUAGUGCACCAACUUAGGUUGUAAGUGUAAGGGAACUAAUUAGCUGAAGUUUUCAUUCUUUUCAGAUAGGCUUAGCAAAGGGAGCACUCUGUGUAAACUGUAAACGUGGAGGUUAGAUUUAAUCUCCCCAAUGACAUAAUUUGUUCUGUGUGAAAAAGGAAUGAACCGUUCCACACUGGCAGAAAGAUCAUUUUUUUUAUUUUUGUCUUUAUGUUUUAGGGGGUUGUGUUCAUUUUGUUUUAAAAUUAGACGUGUAUUUGUGUGAAUGACUUAAAAAGGUGAUUUUGUCAUUUUUAAAAAGAUAUUUUAAUGAUAGAAUACCAUCUAGCCUACAUGUACCAACAUGAAAAGAUGUCAACGAUACAUUACAUGUAGAAUGCAAGUGGCAAAUCACUAUAUUUAGUAUGAGCCAAAUUAAGGUGUGUGUGUGUUUUGUAUGUGUAUAGAACACAAGGUUUGGAAAGAUAUGCACCAAACUGGUAAAUGUCCUUUCCCUUGAGGGGGUUGGGAGGAGGGUCCCAAAAGUUUACAGGGGCCUUUCACUUUCUCCUUUUUUCAUUUUGUUCUGUUUGAAUUUUUUAUAAGUAUGUAUUAAUUUUGUAAUCAGAAUUUUUAGAAAGUAUUUUACUGAUUUAAAGGCUUAGGCAUGUUCAAACACCUGCAGAACUACUUAUCGCUCAGCUUUAAUUUUUCUAAUCCAAAAAGGCAGGGCAGUUAACCUUUGUGGUGCCAAUGUGAAUUUUACAUGUCGUUAUGAUUUUCCUGCUUUGUGGAUGAGAAAUAUUUCUGAGUGGUAGUUUUCUGACAGGUAGACCAUGUCUUCUUCUCUUGUUUCAAAAUAAGUAUUUCUGAUUUUGUAAAAUGAAAUAUAAAAUAUGUCUCAGAUCUUCCAAUUAAUUAGUAAGGAUUCAUCCUUAAUCCUUGCUAGUUUAAGCCUGCCUAAGUCACUUUACUAAAAGAUCUUUGUUAACCCAGUAUUUUAAACAUCUGUCAGCUUAUGUAGGUAACAAGUAGACGCAUUUUGUACACUGCUCGUAGUUAUAGUGACGGCUUUCCAUGUUGAGAUUCUCAUAUCGUCUUGUAUUUUAGUUUCAUGUGAAUUUACCGUUAAGAUGAUUGUUUAAAGUGUAUAUAGGACAAAAUGUUGUCUUUCCUCUACCUAAAUUUUUUUGUUUGUUUUCUUGACUAGUAAUAGUAAUAGAUAAUUCUGAAAUAAAUAUUCUCUCAAGAUCCUUAAAACCUCUUGGAAAUUAUAAAAUAUUGACAAGAAGAGAAAACACUUGAGUAAGAGUUCAUAUGAAAGUUUAAAAAUGCUUCCUAGACCACCCAGGGUUUAUAUUACGAGAUUGUCACAAUGACCUAUUUGUUGCAGAGGUGAAGUGAGGCAUUUUACUGCACAGAAAAGUUUAAGAGGGAAACUUAAAAAUUCUAUUUUCAUUGUAUUUUCUAAGAGAAAGAGUAUCCUCAUGUUCUCCUAACCUGUUGAUUCCUACUUCCAUGGGAUAUUCAUUUAAAGCGUUGCAAAUUUAAAUGAGAAUGUUUUUGUAAUUAAAUAAUGACUGCCCUGUUUUUAUUUUACGGUGUAAAUCCUGAGUUCUUUACCUUUGCACUGUCUUCCACCCAGGUUUAGUUAUAUAUUCAUUUAGUUAAACUUGCCCUGUACAGUCUAAGCUUUAAGUUUAAAUUGAAAGCUUUCUACAAGGGGAGAAGAGUGUUGACGUUUAUGAAAUGUGUCUUUCAAGACACUUCAGCUCUAAGUCAAGUAGUUAGUUCAGUCUAGUUGCUAGGCAAGGAGCAAGUUGUUUGAGCGUAAGGCUUUUGCUGUUCUGAGAGCCUCAGUUCGUUAAAACGCUUCUUCUAAAAACUUUGUAUGUUUAGAGUUAAAAAAGCAAGACCUUUUUUUCGCCCAUGAGUUGUGAAAUUUAAUGCAUGCAGCUGAUGUGGCUAACAAGUUUAUUUUAAGCAUUGUUUGGAAAACACUGUUGCUUCAGGUUCUUAAAAUCACCCAGCGCUCUUCUAGCUUCUAAUCAAAUGUUUGAGCUUGCCAGUCUGUCUGUGUUUGUACUAUUAGGAAGCACUGGAACCUUCCCAUCUAAUUGUAUAAAACUGAUCAUUUGCAAGGUCAAAAAUAUAACCAGAUCUAACUCUCUCCACCUAAAAAAAUUAGUUCUUGGUAUCUACAUAUAGACAUUCCUUUUCUAUAUAAAGCUCACUCUAGGAUUUCAAAGUCACUAUCUAUUCUACUAUAUCUUAGUCUAGUGAAGAUUCCCUUUGUUUUGUAAUGAAUAGUUAUCUUUAUUUGUAAUAAUUUAGUAGUGCUUAAUUUUUGAGAAAUGGGUUUAGUGUUUAUAGAGUACGUUCCAGUUUAUUUAAUGGCUUUGUAUUGCCCUUCCUGCUUGAUUUGUGUUUUCCCCCUCUUUGGUCAGGGCUAAGUGGGGUAGGGUAGGUGUGUGUAAUGUGAUUUGGCCCUGUAUAUUAUGAUCUUUUCUUGUUAUAUGAUUUAAACUUGGAUAGUUGUUUUUUCCUCUUUUCCUUUUGUAUUUUGAACUCUGAAUGGAGACUACCGCCACAGCAUUAGUUGCAUGUAUUGUACCCUUUAGACCCGAAUCCCUGUUUUAUAUCCUCAUUAUCCAGGUGUUGAAUCGGGCAAAGGAGUGGAAGGGGUGGGAGAAGUAGACUAGGUUGUGUAAUUUCAAUAAGGGAAAUAAGAAAAUGGGAAGGAAUAUUUGACUGAUGUAGUUCUUUUUAAAAAAGAAUCUGCUUUAUAAAAGAGAAGAGGUAGCCGCAUCUCCAUCUGUGAAAUGGAGAGAAUACUACCUAUCUGACAAGGUUAUAAGAGUUCAAGAAGACCGUGCAUGUAAAGCACCUACACGUUAGAAAUACCAUGCCCUUCCUAGCACUCUGACCCUCCAUGGGUUUGCCUUCACCUGGAAACUUAGGCUGAAACUUAGAAGAAAUUCUUACAUAAUUACUUGAGUUAAAAGUUGGAAGAAAUUCUUAGAUAAUUCUUUCACUGACUCUUAGUCAAUCUUUUUUUCGUGUUUUUCGUAAUACAUAAAUUACAGUAUAUAGGCAAAGUCCCUGAAAAUAUUUAAAUCUCCUUUUUAAAAACUUGAACAAAUUAUUCUUAUCAAAUUACUUGAGUUUUUCUUAUUAAAACAGUUGAUUUAUUCCCACCUUAAUAAUCAGCUUCGGUUUGACUCUCUUGUAUUUAGUGCAAUGUGAAUUUCACUCGCAGCGUAUUAGAAUCAUAGAGUUGUCAGGGCUAGAAGUGACCUCAAGGAGUAUCUAAUUCAUCCCCCUCAUUGCACAUGUGGGUCAGGCGACUAAGGCUAAAAGCUGAUAGCUAGGUUGCAGCAGGACCAGGACUAGGACAUAGUUUGAAGGUGAAGCUUCACCAAACUACCUCUCCUGGGAGGUCUCAAAUGUUUCUUUUUCUAAUUCUUUCCAUUUUUUUUUCCCAUUAUACCACAACUUUCACUACAUAUGAAAUGACACUUUCUAUUACAAUAGGACAAUCUUAAAUACAUAUAUCAUAUCUUGCAGUUGUACAAUACUACAUUAAUGUUUGAGCGGUGAGAGUCUGUUUUGAAGUCUCAAGUUGUAAGAUAUGCAUAUAGAUUUUUUGGCAUUUACAUUCUUAUGUAUCGUUAUUGAAAAAUUUUAAAUUACUGUAUAAGAAUAUUUUAUCUCUACUUAGUAACAAAUUUGCAUUUUCGAUUUGAUGUAAUAAAGGUUUUAAUGUAGUUUCUGUUAGAAGAUUUUGCCCUUUUUUUUCAUUACUGGUACACUGUAUCGAACCUGGCAGAAUGACUGAUUCUUAUGUCGUCACGUUAGCGUUGUGAAUAAUCCUGUGAAAUGUGUUGACAUAGAGCACCGUAUUUGUGAAUAUAAUUUUAUGGCUUUUUUUUCUUUUCACUUAGUAGGAACCUUUCCAUCAGUAUGGAAACUAAGAAAAUUGCUUUCCACUAUAUAAUCUGGCAGUCACCGUAGACUAAAGCUUAUUUUUCUCUGAAUAAAACUUACUCAAUAAAGUACUAUUCUUUAAAAUGG